UUAAAAAAGCAGGCUUCAAAUUGGAUGCGCAGCCCACUUGUGAAGCAAAUCAAAACCGGCUACAUCACAUUUAAAUCCAAAAACCUUCGGAAACCUUCUGAGCUUCAAGUAUCCUCCACCUGCGAAACCGACUGCAUCGACCUUCAAAAACCCUAGGUUCUCAUCUUUGGAACUCUGCGUGAAAGAUGAGGCCGAUUUUGAUGAAAGGCCAUGAAAGGCCGUUGACAUUCUUGAAGUACAACCGGGACGGGGACCUCCUAUUCUCGUGUGGGAAGGACCACGACCCCACCGUCUGGUUUGCCGACAAUGGCGAGCGCCUCGGCACCUACCGCGGCCACAACGGCGCAGUCUGGUGCUGCGACGUCUCAAGGGAUUCAAUGAGGCUGAUUACAGGGAGCGCAGAUCAGACGGCGAAGCUGUGGUCAGUUCAGUCGGGGGAGCAAUUAUACUCCUUUAAUUUCGGUUCUCCGGCUAGGGCUGUGGACCUCGCCGUCGGGGAUAAGCUCGCCGUCAUUACCACCGAUCCCUUCAUGGACUCGCCUUCUGCGAUUCACGUUAAAAUUCUCGCCCGAGACCCCGCUGACCAGACUGGUGAAUCUGUUCUUACCAUCAAGGGCCCUCAGGGAAGAAUUAAUAGAGCUGUUUGGGGUCCUUUGAACAGGACCAUCAUAAGCGCUGGAGAAGAUGCUGUGGUUCGGAUAUGGGAUUCCGAGACAGGAAAACUGCUUAAAGAGUCAGACAAGGAAUCUGGCCACAAAAAAACAAUUACUGCACUUACAAAAUCUGCAGAUGGUUCUCAUUUCCUCACUGGUUCGCUUGAUAAAUCUGCUAAACUUUGGGACAGCCGAACUUUGACACUUAUCAAGACGUACUUGACCGAACGUCCAGUCAAUGCAGUUGCAAUGUCUCCACUUCUUGAUCAUGUGGUGCUUGGAGGUGGUCAGGAUGCAUCGAAUGUCACAACUACUGAUCAUCGUGCUGGAAAAUUUGAGGCUAAAUUCUUUGAUAAGAUUCUUCAAGAAGAAAUUGGAGGUGUGAAAGGGCAUUUUGGACCAAUAAAUGCUCUGGCAUUCAACCCCGAUGGGAAAAGUUUCUCAAGCGGAGGUGAAGAUGGUUAUGUACGGUUACAUCAUUUUGACCCCGAUUACUUCCACAUCAAGAUCUAGAUUUGGAGUGGAGCAUAUAUUAAAGUUAUAAUCGAGCUUUGGAGCGGAUUGAAAGUAGACUUUAAUUUAUUUUCCAUGUUCACCAGUCAUUUCUUUUUUUAUUUUUAUUUUUAGGGUGGGUGUUGGAUGAAACAAUGCUUAAUAUUUUGCUUGUUUCAAAACAGUUUUGUAGAAGAUGUAAUAUUCUAUCUACAUGAGAAUGAAGUGCUGUGAUGUAUCUCAA